GGGUUUUCUUUUUGUUCUUUCUUCCGCUGCAGAGCGCAGUGCUUCGCAAACCAACAAACCCUAGUUCAGAUUUCGAAGAGUGAAAAUGGUGGGAUUCGAAGUUGGCGCUGUUCCGUUCAAUCCUGAUGGCUGGGGUCCGCCGGAUUCGUCUGCCGCCGGGACGCUCUCCGUUCCGAACCAUCCGUCGAACGUUCCGUUCGCACCAUUUUCUCGGUCGGAGAAGCUGGGAAGGAUCGCUGAUUGGACGCGGAAUAUGAACAACCAGGGGCGACCUGGUUCGAAGCAGGGCGGUCAUCAUCCGUCGGAUUCUGCGUUCGACUUCUCCGGGGACGAUUCAUUCGCCACUCUUGCCGCGGAUGAGGAUUCGUCGUUUCGCCUCGUCGAUACCUCCGCGAAAUCCCACCACUAUAACCCCAAUCGCCCCAAGUUCAACCCUAGGUGGAGAUUUAAUGCGCACAACGCUCGCUCUCAGCUUCCUCAGCGCCGCGAUGAAGAAGUUGAGGCAAAGAAGCGCGAACAGGAGAAGGAGCGUGCGCGUCGGGAUAGAUUGUACAAUCUCAACCGUCCGCAGGCUGGGCAGCGCCGCGAGUCAUCUGUUUUCAAAUCUUCCGUUGAUAUCCAGCCUGAGUGGAACAUGCUUGAUCAGAUUCCGUUCUCCACCUUCUCAAAACUAUCCUUUUCUGUACCUGAUCCCGAGGAUUUACUGAUCUGCGGUGGACUGGAGUUUUACGACAGGUCUUAUGAUAGGACGUCGCCGAAGAAUUGCCGCCCGUUGGAGCGCUUCAAGAAUCGGAAUUUCUUCAAAGUUACGACAACUGAUGAUCCAGUCAUUAGGCGCUUGGCAAAUGAGGAUAAAGCUACUGUGUUUGCUACUGAUACCAUUUUGUCUACACUAAUGUGCGCCCCAAGGUCUGUUUACUCAUGGGACAUUGUGGUUCAGCGUGUGGGGAAUAAGUUAUUCUUCGAUAAGAGAGAUGGAUCGCAGUUGGAUUUGCUUUCGGUUCACGAGACUUCACAAGAGCCUCUUCCUGAUGUGAAGGAUGAUAUUAAUUCUGCUCAUUCAUUGAGCGUAGAGGCUGCUUACAUUAAUCAGAACUUUUCACAGCAGGUUUUGAUUAGGGAUGGGAACAAACUCACAUUCGAGGAAGCCAAUCCAUUUGCAAGUGAAGGAGAAGAGGUGGCUUCAGUUGCCUAUAGAUACAGGAGGUGGAAACUGGAUGAUAAUAUGUAUCUUGUGUCUCGUUGUGAAGUGCAGAGUGUGGUGGAUAUCAACAAUCAGAGGUCGUUUUUGACCCUUAAUGCUCUGAAUGAGUUUGAUCCCAAGUAUUCAGGUGUUGAUUGGAGGCAGAAGCUGGAGACACAGAGGGGUGCAGUGUUGGCUACUGAAUUGAAGAACAAUGCAAAUAAGAUGGCGAAAUGGACUGCACAGGCUCUGUUGGCAGGCGCUGAUAUGAUGAAACUAGGAUAUGUCUCAAGAGUUCAUCCAAGAGAUCACUAUAAUCAUGUGAUUCUGGCUGUUGUGGGAUAUAAGCCAAGGGAUUUCGCCACACAGAUCAAUCUGAACACAUCUAACAUGUGGGGCAUUGUAAAGAGUAUUGUGGACUUGUGCAUGAAAUUGAAUGAAGGAAAAUAUGUACUGGUUAAGGACCCAUCUAAGCCACAGGUGCGAAUAUAUGAUGUCCCCCAGGAUGCAUUCGACAAUGACUAUGUGGAGGAGCCACUUCCGGAAGACGAACAGGUUCAACCUCCUGCCGAGGAUGCUGAAGGUGGGGAGGCAGAAGCUAUAACAAGUGAUGUAAAUGAGAAGAAGAUAAGUGAUGAAGCUGCUUAAUCGGUAACUACGACUUUUGAAGCAAGUGAUCUGCAUCAAGUAAAACUUUCUUCAACCAUUUAUAAAUGCAGCAAUCCAACUGUCUCAGUUGCCGGUUUUUUCUCUUUUCCUUAAUUAAUCUGCUGCUUAUCCCUUUUGUUCUAGUCUUUGUUGUCCAUCUAAAACACUAUGUCGGCAAAAUGAUACUGGUAUUGACAGAGUAUUUGCAAGAUUUUUGUUUUGGAAGAUAGGUUGGAAUGUAUGUCCUUCUACAUACUGAGAAACAUUUCUUUUCUUGUUUGGGUUUUGAUUUAAGCUCAUUUGCUAUAAUUUUGUGGUUACGGAUUUGAGAUGCUGAGUGAUCAUUUAUUGAUGUUGCUGUUGUCCAUCCUUUUCACAUGGACACACACAUAGCCUGCCUUCUUUUAUUGAAUUCUUCUGGUUCAUUUAUUUUUGUGUGAUCGAUAGCUUGUCAAACAUAGGUUUAAUGUGUUGGUGUGGGAACCUACUUUGUCGGCAAUCAAUUUCUGCCUCACAAAACUUCUCAUGAUUUUGGUUUGGACCGUCACCGUUGGUCAUAUUUUGUGAGACUAAAUAAUAUAACUUGGGGCGAUCAAUGUGUAAGUAAAUAGACAUGGAAAGAGGGUGUAUGAAAACCAAUUUGCCACUUUCAUUAGAAUAUUUAUAACUAAUAAGAUAGAAGAAAGCACACAAAUUAAUUUGACACAAUUUGCAAGUUACAAUCAAAAGAUUGGGUGUUUCUACAAGCAUCAUCAAUUUCCUGGGAAAAAUGUAUACAGUGUUUAAAGAAAAGUAGAGGUAGCAAGAUAUAUAUAAGACUAAAUGAAACAUGGAUAUAUAUAAAUAAACAAGAUUGGUAAUUAGGUGUAAAAAAUUUAUCUUCUCCAACUGAAAAAUUAAAAGAAAACAUGAUGGAUGGUAUCAUGCAAAUUUGGCUUUCUUGGGCAAUGGCAUUAUCCCUCUCUCUCUCUCUCUCUUCUCUCCUCUCUCUCUCAUCAUACUUGCUAGGUUUUAAUUAAUUUUCUCAACUACUUAUCACUGCUUAUAAAUCCCAUUUCUCAGCAACCACUUUUCCUGCCAACAUUCAUCCAACAGAACACACAUAUCCACAUACAUACAUACACACAUAUAUAUAUAUAUAUGUAAUAUAAAGAUCCCAAUUCACCAUUAUUUUAUCAGCAAAUCUAUUUUAUGAGAAAUGGCCUCUCUAGUUCUUCUCUUGUCUGAGUUUCUCCGCAGCAAAAGUGAUGACAACCUCGUAAUCUCAUUCUCCCGGCCAGUCCCCACCGCCGGAAAAAGAAGAAGUGAAAUGGCAAAUUGCGAGAAUGAUAUGAUUAUGGUGAUCCAGGAUGGGUUUCGAGAUGAGGACCUUCCAAGGUUCACACUCGAUUUCGUUUUCCUGUAGAGAUACAACAUAUCAUCGAUGAAUAAUUUCCCAAAUUUUCUUGAAAUAAAGAUGCCUUGUUCGUCACUUUCUUUUCUUUCUUCUUGUAAUAAUAUUGACCAUCAAGUGUGUUGUGUGUUGUGUUUAUCAAAGUUAAUUGAGUUAGCAUUUCGUAUUA